UAGAACAGAACAAAAAAAGUAUUUUUGGCGCCCAAACAUGGUAACGGUCAAGACCCCAUUGUACUCUGCGGUCACGGUAUCGUCGACAAGCAACCACCAUGAUAAUAUACAAGGCCCCUUCAUGGACGUUCUAUCUUGUCAUCACUCCUUCACCCUGCCACAAUAGUCUGCUCGACUCGGUUGGCGAUAAUCACUUACUACUACAUACAAUCCUACGCAUGAUCCCUGGUUAUGAGCAAGACUCCAAUGCCCAGAUCUCCUCCUCGUCGUGUUUCGGUCGCAAACACGGCUCACAGUAACAGCGACGAUCUACGAAAAAUGGCACUGAUUGGUGCUCAUUUUCACGGUAAUCAGCGCCACCACAACCACCCUGCUAUCGAGACGCAGCUCAUCAACAAUCCUCAGCCACUACCCUCAUCGUCGAAUUCUAUUCUCCAAUACCCCUCCACAAAUCGAGACUUGCAAAAUCAUCCAGUCGCUGGUCCAUCCGGGCAAGCAAAUCAAUUUGAACGAAAUGCCGGAGAGCAACUUAGAUUCUUCCAUCCCCAGGGCUAUGGUGGUCCUGGUUCCGCUUCAGAUGAAUUGGAGAAUACAAUAAAUUGGGGUAUGAUGAAUCAACAGCUAGCAGAACAGAUGUCCGUGUCUAAUAACGACGCUUGGACGAAUUCGCAAGCCGUUGCCGCUGCUUUAGCGUCACACCAGAACUCGUACUCAAAGUCUUCACCUCAGGCUGUUUUACCAAGUUCCCAGCCUCAUUCUCAUGCUCAGCAAUUAGGAUAUCACGCACCUGACGCGUUCGGGACUACAGCCUCGCAAUCUCCUUCAACGUCAUCGUUUCCACGAGUAUACGGAUGGAUGCCUCGAUCCGAGGAAGAUUUGAAGCCUAUUGCCAGAAUUUACUCGCGCUAUCAACCUGCUCAUGCUGUGACACCACUUGUACCAUCAACGCCACAACAACAUUCAUCAACAAAUACGCGUCGGACAUCUAUGACGACUCGACCUACGGUCCCUGUUACAGCUAGGUCUAUAGCCAUACCAAUUCAUAACACAGAAAGACAUUCUGGAUCUAUUCCUGUCGGGUCGUCACAAACACUCCAGACGAAGGGCGCCGGUUCUUCUAGACGCGUAUUUGCACCUUCGCCCUUAGACUCAUCACUGUCUUCACCUGUUCCCGCUACGCCCUCAACAUCCACCUCACCGGCCAGACACUCGCGGGUAUCUGACAAACGAUGGGAUCAAGGCCAGUCAACGCAGAAAGCUCACCCCAGCCAAGGAGCUGCUCAAAGUCCACCACGUAUAAGAAAUGCCAACCUGAAUGCUUCUUCACACCCUCAAACUCAAACUUCUCUAAAAGACAGGGAUAGUCUUUCCCCGAGUGUUGGUAAAGCACGUUCUCCUCAAAGUCGAGUUCAACAAAAUCCAGUGUCGUUUCCUCGGACCUCGAAUACAGCGCCACGGUCUGAUACUCCAUCAACACCAGCGCGUCUGUCCCCGAUCCCUCCUAGCCCUCACCUAUUUCGAUUCUUCGCACCAGGACAGAAACAGUACCAACAAUUUCAGCAUCAGCCUAUCUUUAGCAGUUCUUCGCAUCCUCCACAGUCCAGUAACCUAGGCCCCUCUCAACCUUCUCUACACUUACAACCACUACUCCUGCAGCCGGCGAUCGAGCUCCGCAAGAUUGCUGGUCGGAAGCGGAAAGCGAAGCGGGAAGUGCAGGGAGAGGACCUCGGGUCUGACUGGUCCAGUCAUGACUCGCCGACACCAAACUUAUACCAAAGCCCUGGGGACAGUGCAGCGUCACCGAUACUCAUCCGUUCGCGGUCAAGUUCACCUGUGCUACCCUUUGAAACUUCAGUUGAAUAUCCGCUGACAUACUCAUCACCGUCAGUCUCAUCAUCGAUCACAAUUGCCGCGAGUUUAAGCUCGGUAUCACCUGCUUCAUCUUGUUCGACCGCUGGGGCUGUUGCGAGCUCUGCUUCUUCUUCUUCUCCCUCACCUUCUAAACCCCCUUUGAAGAUUGUUCCCCAUUCGACCUUCCCUCCCAAUCCUCCUUUCGCAUCCGAACUCGCCUCUAUCGUCAACUCCAAGACCAUCGACCCCCACCUACUCCGUUGCACGGGCCCGCCGAAACGAAAGAAACCUAGACUCAAUUCUCAUGAGCCUACACCUCCGGCGCCUACGGUUCAGGAGAUGAUGCUCGAGGUGCAAAAAGGUUGGGACGAGAAAGAGAGGCAUGAACGAGAGGCGAGGGAGAAGGAGCAAAAGGAACUAAAAGAGCUGGAAGAAACGAGGGAAAAUUUGAUGGAAGCCCUGAAAGACAAUGAAAUUAAGAGGAACCUGGUGGAGAGCUUAAAACAGAUCUCGAAUGGGGCUGUCGAUCCUCGUGCGCAGGCUGCGCAUAUCAAGCUGAUCUUAGCGGUCUUGUUGGCCAAACCUUCUACUUCUCCGUCUCCUCCUCCGAACACUGCUUCAGCUCCCUGGGUCCCUAUGAUGACUGAAUCAGUUCUGGAAUUCGAUAUCGAACGUGAUAUCACGAGAUCGAGUACAUUUGGAAGGUGUUCUGUUACCAGACGAUGCCAAGUACCGCCGUCAUUGUUAUCAAACAUCAACCACUCAAAAAACUCGGUUUGUCUGUGCACUCGGUCUUCUCGGUCUCCUUUCCCGUUUUCAUCGACCCCGGUCUCGAAGCCAAUAUCGUCUUCUGCGUCGUCGCCUUCAUCGUUGUAUCCAAUUUGGAAGCCGGUCUGGGUGGGCGGGAGGAAGAUCUAAAUGCCUAGAUGAAACGUUGGAUAAAUCUGAUUGCCAGUGUUGCACUCGGUCAUUGACUUGGACGAAGUCACGAAUGCCUCUCGAGUAUCUUUACUUCAUAACUGUCUCUGAGGUCGAGUCUGAAGCUGAUGCAUUUCCCCAAUGACUGCGCCUGUUCAUUCAGGUCUACGCCAUAUAUCUC